AUUUACUUUUGGCACCUGGUAACACUGCGCAGCACCAAAUAAAAGCAGAGGGAAAAAAUCAAAUCAACCGCCAUCUUUCCUUUGCCUAUUUUAUUUAUUUAGUUUAUUUCAUAUUUAAUUGACUACAAAUAUGGAUCGCACAACCGUCGCGCUCUGGAAAGCCGAGGAAAAGGAGCAGAGCGAGAAACUGCACAGGAAGCUGCAGGGUCUGGCACUGGUGCAUCCGUUGCCGGAUGAGUUGCGGAAACUGGUCUCCUGGGACAUGUUCCUUAAACCCAAUCAGGUUGCCUUUGUCCACGUGAUGCACUACCUCUUCCGACUGCUGGAUCCAGCCGAGUUUAAACGUCGCUUUUUUUGGCCGAUUACGGACAAAAAGUCGGAGUCCAACUUUCGAUCAAGCACGGUGGAGUACCUGAAGUAUCUUAACGAUAAACACCAGCUGCACUGGGCCAACAUCAAGUCCUAUCUGGUGGUUAUGCCCGGUGGGAUGAGAUUCAUAAACUUCCUGUUGGAAUUUGUGAGGUUCGUGAUCCAGGAGCAGAUCAAACAGCGCGAGAAGUCACUCGGACAGGAUGCUGGAAUACCUAAUGAGAGUGCCAAGGUCAUGAACCGACAAAAUGUCCUGAUGAAGGAGUAUUCAUCGGUGUACGUUGUCAAUCUCGAGGAGAAUACGGCCCUGCUUCGCCACAAAACCCAGAAGAUUAGGCGCCUAACUGCUGAUCUGUCUGCAGACAUGGGGGUGCCCGAGGAGCAACUGGUGGACGAUGGCUUUUUGGAUGUAUUUGAAGCCACCGCUGCCCUCGGCGUCGAGCGGGUGAUGACCCAACUCACUGAAAUGAAAUUAGAUCUGGAGGAUUCUCUAUGUGGCCUCAAGGAGGUCAUAGAACUAUUUCAGUCCAAGCAGGUGGAGCACAAUCAGAGCAAGGAGGCCGUGAACAAGGCUCUGCGGGGAAUACGAGUCCUAUUUGACUGCGAUCCAGGCACUGAAGGAGGUUUCUAUGAUCAGUUGGCCGGCUCAAAAAUGGAAGCCCUCGUAAACGCCUUCAAUCGCGUCAGCGGCACAAUCGCCGAGCAACUGGAUGCCAACGAUCACUACAAUGAGUCCAACGCGUUUGUCACCACUGACUUGCAGGCGUUGCGUGAGGAACUAACUCAAUCGGAAGUCCAGCUCAACAAUUUACUUAAAAAACUAAAUGAGCCGUCAAAAAAGGAAAAGGGAAGUGCCAACGGCAGUGCCUCCGCCCGAGGACAGCUGUGUGAGCCGGCCACGCCGCGCUUUGAUUCGCUCAUCACCUCCAAGUUUGUGUCCACUCCUCCUAUAAGGAUCGAUUUGGCGGGUGGCAAUGGCCGCAGUGCUCCAGUGCGUCUUGCCCUUCAAGACGAUUUUAACGGCAAACAGUUUGAUGCGUUAAGCAAUAGUUUACUUGCCCCUGCUCCGCCUCGAUCGGCGCGCAAGCUCAAAACCCUCGACCUGUCGAUGGGAAUUGAUCCCAAUGGCACUUUGAACCGAUCUAAGAUCAACGAUCCCAUGCAAAUGCUUCGCACCAUCCACAAGAAUACGUCCAAGGUCAAGACGGCUCCGCAGCCGAAUCUAUCUGCUCUAGGAAGCAAGUGGAAGCAAAUGCAGGCUUCCUUCGGUUUCGAUGAGGCACCAGUGCCGGUAGUGACGGUGAUUUCCCCACAAGCUUCACUGGCGGAUCCCAGUGAUCCCUUUACGCCCUUAAGCGCUAGCGAUUGCACCCGCAUCGAACGAAUUCCUCACACUUCCCAAAACAACAGUUCCCUGGUAGCCAAGAACGCUGCGGUGAUGAAGGUUCUAGAGGUGUCGCGCAAUGUCCUGAACCUCAGCACCUCGCCAUCUGGACGGUUGGACGCCUUGGUACCUUCCACCGAAAUCCACCAGAUGGAUACAUUUAGCGACAGAACCGUUUAUGACUCUCUGUCGUUCGAACCCAAUUUGAACACGGAAAACGACCGGAAUGCUUUAAACGUCUCGCAUAAAUUCGAUUUUGAUCAAAUCGGAAGUGAUGAUGACCUGCAAAACAUCAGCGACAGUGUGCUUAAAGAUUACAUCUUGUAGUCGAAGGCAAUGAAAGAUCGCCAAAAAUGAUUAUAAAUAUAUACUAAUUUAUAGCUUUUCCGCUUAAUACCAACUUGCCAAAUUUGAAUUUCCAAGAUGAAUGGUUUAACAUCGAUAAAAGUGAACUAAAAUAAAAUAAAUAAAUAGGCAAAGAUAUUGGGCUAGAUUUGUAUAACUAGCUGAUAAUAUCGUCGUUAUUAAACGCAACACGAUUUCCUCAACUAUGUUAAAUGAGUCCGAGGCAAUGUCCUGUACCAACGGCCAAAUGUGGAAGCCAGCACCAUGAACGCAAAUAUGAAGGAGCUCAGCCAGUAAAAACCAAACACGUUGAAGAAUAUUGCAAAACAGAACUGUAUAAUUAAAAAUUUUGUUUAGGAUUGGUAAAAAAAUAAAGUUCCCAAUGGUAUCUAAAACAGAA